AUGCGGCAGCGGAGUGACUGCACACAGCCCUCAGACAGCCAAUAUCCGCGGAAAUGGCAAACUACAAAUCUGAACCUUCCUCCUGAAGAUCUCGAUUCAUCUGGUGAUGACGACGAUGCAUUCUCAGGUUCAGGCGCAGGUCCCCUGACUGACCAGUCUCACACCUGGAGAAUCUCAGAAGAACCAACUAAUUCCUCGUUAGUGGUAACACCAGUGGAUUUCAAUGAACAGCCAUUUCCUGGGAUUGAGAGCCGAACUGAAAAAGAAGUAAUAUCUCCUUCUGCAACUAGUAAUGUUGUGACAGAGGAGCCAGUUGUAGCUGUAAAGGAUGAAGUACCCAUCCUGGGCUCACCUGAUGAAAAACCAACAAAUGAUGUGGUUACAACAACAGUGAGAAGCCCCACUACUCACUUUCCUUCAGUGGUUCAUGUAACUCCUUCAGAAGCCUCAGGCACAGUCCAUGAGCUUGAACCUAAAAUCCCUAGCUCUGAUGUGCCAGACAUUAAAGACGUGCUUGACCCCCACGCUACCAUCCAUCAUGAGGGAGACAUCACUGCCACCCACACGACAGCAGCACCAAAGGAUGUUGUUCCUACACAUGAGGAGGUUUCUGAAGAUGGCUCUGGAGACCCGGGAGACUUUAUCUUGACUAAAGAUGAGGAUUUGGUCCCCACCCAGAACUCAGAAGUGCCGGCUGACUCUGGGAGGAAUGCCAAAGCAGCAGGAGCCGCGGGAAUUAUGGACAGAAAAGAAGUUCUUGGAGGUGUUAUUGCUGGAGGACUAGUAGGCUUGGUGUUUGCGGUGUUUCUAGUUGCAUUUAUGCUGUACAGAAUGAAGAAGAAAGACGAAGGCAGCUAUUCACUGGAUGAACCAAAACAGUCUAACGGAGGAUACCAAAAACCACACAAACAAGAAGAAUUCUAUGCAUAAACACUGAUCUUCAGGACAUUUCUUAUUCCAUCUUUCUUGGACUCUUCUCUCCCUGCACGUGGACCUCCUAGUGUGCUUUGCAUUAAACUUAAGCCAUAUGAUCAUUGGGUUAUUUGCCCUUACCACUUUGCCAUUGGAAAUUUUAUAACUACAAAGUAGAUCUGGAGUCAUUGAACAUUCCCCGCUUUCUUGCACAUUUUUUUUUUUUUUUUUUUUAAACAGAAGUGGGACUGCAAGUUCCUAGACUCACUUUGGUUUAUCUAAAGACUGCUGGGGCGGGCGGUGGGGAGAAGAUAAGAGAGCACUGUAUGUAUAAACCUCUUGAUAUUUAGGGAAAGGGCUAGCAAGAAUAAACUAUCAUCAGUGCUCAAAUUCUGUAUAGCAGGGAUCCUUCCUAUUUAACUCAUAGAUGUGUUUUAAGUGUAACAAAUGGCUGCGCUGGGCAGAUGCUUGUUACGCUGCAAUCCUCUAGCUCUUUCUAACUGCCAUAUUUGGAGCACUUAAUACCUAUGAAACAUCAAGCUGAACAUGGUUUGUA